UCCUCGCGCGGCCGCCGUGGUCUCGAGGCGGGAGGAGGCCGGGCUGGGCUCGGGCCAUGGUGCGGGGCAGGAUCACUGGGCUCGCGGUGAGCGACGUCCGCUUCCCCACCUCCCUGGGGCACCAUGGCUCCGAUGCUAUGCACCCGGACCCUGACUAUUCUGCUGCCUAUGUUGUAAUAGAAACUGAUGCCCGUGAUGGAGUCAAAGGCUAUGGAUUAACAUUUACUUUGGGUAAAGGCACAGAAGUUGUUGUUUGUGCAGUUAACGCUCUCUCCAUUCACGUGGUUAAUAAAGACCUAGAAGAAAUUGUCAGCGAUUUUAGAGGAUUCUACAGGCAGCUCACCAGUGACGGACAGCUCCGAUGGAUUGGUCCAGAGAAAGGUGCUGUGCAUUUGGCUACAGCUGCUGUUCUGAAUGCCGUGUGGGAUUUGUGGGCUAAGCAGGAGGGAAAGCCUCUGUGGAAGUUACUAGUUGACAUGGACCCAAAGCAGUUGUUAUCCUGCAUAGAUUUCAGGUAUAUUACUGAUGCACUAACAGAAGAAGAAGCUCAUGAAAUACUCCAAAAUGGUCGUCUUGGGAAGACGGAAAGAGAAGAGCAAGUGUUAAAGCAUGGAUACCCUGCUUAUACCACGUCUUGUGCCUGGCUGGGCUACCCGGACCAGCAGUUAAAACAGCUAUGCACAGAUGCAUUGAAGGAUGGUUGGACAAGGUUUAAAGUAAAGGUUGGUGCCGAUCUGCAGGAUGACAUUCGUAGAUGCAGACUUAUUAGAGAAAUGAUUGGCCCUGACAAGACACUGAUGCUGGAUGCUAACCAACGAUGGGAAGUGAAGGAAGCAAUAGAGUGGGUCACUAAAUUAGCUGAAUUUAAACCAUUAUGGAUUGAGGAGCCAACUUCUCCCGAUGAUAUUCUUGGACAUGCAGCCAUUUCUAAGGCCUUGGCGCCAUUAGGAAUUGGUGUGGCAACAGGAGAACAAUGCCACAAUAGAGUGAUAUUUAAGCAGCUCCUACAGGCUAAGGCCCUGAGCUAUCUCCAGAUUGACAGCUGCAGGCUGGGAAGUGUGAAUGAAAACUUGUCUGUGUUGCUGAUGGCCAAAAAGUUUCAAAUUCCUGUGUGCCCUCACGCUGGGGGUGUUGGGCUCUGUGAGUUGGUACAGCACUUGAUAAUAUUUGACUAUAUUUCAGUAUCUGGAAGCCUUGAAAACAGGAUGUGCGAGUAUGUAGAUCAUUUGCAUGAACACUUCAAAUAUCCUGUUGUAAUCCAGAAAGCUUCCUAUGUACCACCUCAGGAUGCUGGAUAUUCCACUGAAAUGAAAGAAGAUUCUGUAAGGAAAUUCCAGUUUCCUCAGGGAGAAAUUUGGCAGAAGCUCCUUUCUAAGCCAUAAAGUACUACUGCAUUAAGUCUAACCCUGACAGUUUUCAGGCAGAAGAUUAAAUUUCCCAAGCUGUUCAUGCCCUAUUGUUAGGUGAUGAUACAAGAUUUCAGCUGCCAGUAAAUGCUUUUGUGUCACCAGGCAAAAACCUUCAGGAAUUAACAUAACACAUAGUCCAGGCUGUUUAAAGAAAUGACUGAGGCCUAUAAUCCAGCAAAGUUGUUAUACUUUAGUGUAACUAAUGGAUAGGCAAUGAACUUCAUUUCUAAAACUAGUCUAGAACUCAGUAACUCUGCAGUAUCUGUUUUCAUAGAUUCCAAGGGCAAAAGGGACCACUGUAAUCACCUAAUCUGACCUCCUGCAUGACAAGCAUUAAAAUUUCCCCAAAAUAAUUUUUUGAACUAUCACACACAUCCACUCUUCUUUUAAAAAUAGCCAGCGUUGGAGCAUCCAACAUGACCCUUGGUAAAUUGUUCCAGUGGAUUUUCUCACAAUAUACUAAAGUAUUUGAAUUUGGAGAUUUAAAAUAAAAUUCUUUACUGUC